AAAGUUGGGAUGUCGUGAAAAACUUGUAGUGGCCCAGCUUUUGACUUUGGAGGCUGCGCGCGGACGUUGAACGUUGACGACACGCCGCCCAGCUACAUUAACCUACAACCUGCAAAGGCAAUUGCAAUAAAACAUAUGUGAAAAGCGGUUACUUGUGUGGCCUGCAGAAGCUACGACGGGUGCUGACAGGCGACUUAAUUAGAUGCGUGUAAUUUCUAUAUAACGCUAGGAACCUGGGUGGCUAUACGCCUUUCGAAUUAAUCAGCGUCAGUUGUUAUGGCGGAUGAUGAUGAGUUUGGAGCUUUGUUUGGCGGGCAUGCGCCGCAACCAACAAUCUUGCCGCUCCUUAAAUCGACACCAACCCCCGCUGACAAAAGAGGCAGCGUAGUCGAGGAAGACGAUGAAGUAUACGCUCAGCUCUUCGGCCCGGUCCCUGUGGCCCCCCUGCCGCCACGCUACGUGCCCGCCAAGCCCGUCAUGCCAAUCGUGGUGCGCCAAGCCGUCGCACCGCUGCCCCGGCCCCCGCCUGCAGCCCCCCUGCCCGGCGGUCGCAGGGGUGCUGCUAUGGCAGCAGCUGCGGCGGCGGCAGCGGCGGACGGCCCUGUGGCGGCGAGCGGCGGAGCAGCAGCAGCAAGCGGGCCGGAGGACCAGCCGGGCUCCGUGGAAGCGGCGGGUGCAGCUGACGGCGGCGUGGCGGCUAUGCAGCAGCAGCCGCAGCCGCCCAUCGCGCAGCUCGCCGCUGAGGACGAGGAUGACGACUUCGAGGUGACGCUGGAGGAGCUGGACACGGCCGCCAUGGCGCAGCAGCAGCAGCAGCAGGCGGGGGGAGGAGGAGGAGCGGCAGGCGGCGGGCAGGGGGCGGCGCCCGGCGGCGGGGGGCUGGGGCAGCAGCGCAUGGCCUCCGCGGGCAGCGGCGCUCUGCCGGGACUGGGAGCGGGA